GUCUCUCUGUCUGUUUUCAUCUCUGUCUCUGAGUUUUGUAAUGGCUGAAUCUUCCAAAGUCAUUCAUGUUCGUAAUGUUGGUCAUGAGAUUUCUGAAAAUGAUUUGCUUCAGCUUUUUCAACCAUUUGGGGUUAUAACUAAGCUUGUGAUGCUCAGGGCAAAGAAUCAGGCUCUUCUCCAAAUGCAAGAUGUUUCUUCUGCAAUCAGUGCUCUUCAGUUUUUUACUAAUGUUCAGCCAACCAUAAGAGGUAGGAAUGUGUAUGUCCAAUUCUCGUCUCACCAAGAAUUGACAACGAUAGAGCAGAAUAUUCAUGGACGGGAAGAUGAGCCAAAUCGUAUUCUCUUAGUCACAAUCCAUCACAUGCUGUAUCCAAUUACUGUUGACGUGCUGCAUCAAGUUUUUUCUCCCUAUGGAUUUGUCGAGAAGCUUGUCACUUUCCAGAAGUCUGCUGGUUUUCAAGCUCUUAUACAGUAUCAGGUACAACAGUGUGCUGCCUCUGCUAGAACUGCUCUACAGGGUCGUAACAUAUAUGACGGGUGUUGUCAGUUGGAUAUCCAGUUCUCAAACCUUGAGGAGCUGCAAGUAAAUUACAACAAUGAUCGAUCUAGAGAUUAUACAAAUCCAAACCUGCCUGCGGAGCAAAAAGGCCGUUCAUCGCAUCCUGGCUAUGGUGAUGUAGGAGUGGCAUAUCCUCAGAUGGCAAAUACAUCUGCGAUUGCAGCUGCCUUUGGAGGAGGCUUGCCUCCGGGUAUAACCGGCACAAAUGAUAGGUGUACAGUCCUUGUCUCCAACCUGAAUGCAGAUAGUAUUGAUGAGGAUAAGCUAUUCAAUCUUUUUUCUCUUUACGGGAACAUUGUAAGGAUUAAGCUUCUUCGGAACAAACCUGACCAUGCCCUUGUCCAAAUGGGCGAUGGUUUCCAAGCUGAACUAGCAGUACAUUUCCUCAAGGGAGCAGUGCUGUUUGGUAAGCGGCUAGAAGUAAACUUCUCAAAGCAUCCAAAUAUAACACCAGGCACAGACUCUCACGAUUAUGUAAACUCAAACCUGAACCGCUUCAACCGCAAUGCUGCAAAGAACUACCGCUAUUGCUGCUCCCCUACAAAGAUGAUUCACUUAUCGACACUUCCUCAAGACGUGACAGAGGAGGAAGUGAUGAACCAUGUCCAAGAACACGGUGCAAUAGUGAACACAAAAGUGUUUGAGAUGAACGGGAAAAAGCAAGCUCUGGUGCAGUUUGAGAACGAGGAGGAAGCUGCGGAAGCAUUGGUGUGCAAGCACGCGACUUCUCUAGGCGGAUCAAUUAUCAGAAUCUCCUUCUCCCAGCUACAGACGAUUUAAAAUCAUGAAAGGCCUCUCUCUCUUUCUCUCUUCUCUAAUAACAUUAGGGUUUGAUGAGGAUUAAUGAAUGUAUGUUGCUUUUAACUUAAUACUCUUCUGCUCUCUUUUUCUUUUCAACGUGUUGGUUUUAAUUGUUUGUCUUGAUUUCAUGGGCUUAACAUUUAAUGGUAAUAAAGACAUAAGAAAGAA